AGCGCACACGACUACGGAGUUUUGGGGCAAACAGGCCACCGUCGAGGGGGCGUGGCGACGCCGACGCCAAAGGCGGACAGACUUCACGUGCCGCUGCGGAUCCGCUUCCUAGAUCAACCAUGGCCCAGCCUGGGACCCUGAACCUCAAUAACGAGGUUGUGAAGAUGAGAAAAGAAGUGAAGAGAAUCCGAGUUUUGGUUAUCCGAAAACUUGUCAGAAGUGUUAGCAGACUGAAGUCGAAAAAGGGUACUGAAGAAGCACUGUUGAAAAACCAAAGGCGGGCACAACGGUUGCUUGAAGAAAUUCAUGCCAUGAAGGAAUUGAAACCUGACAUAGUAACUAAAUCUGCUCUUGGUGAUGAUAUCAAUUUUGAAAAAAUCUGCAAAAAGCCUGAAUCUACUGCAACUGAAAGAGCAAUUGCCAGAUUAGCAAUGCACCCUCUUCUGAAGAAAAAAAUAGAUAUACUGAAAGCUGCCGUCAAAGACUUCAAAGAUGCAAGACAAAAUGAUGCUGAAGUUAAGUCAUCAACAAAAGCUUCAGAAGAAAAUCAUUCCAAGGACACUUCAUGUUCAAAUGAUGAUGCCAUUAAGUUGCAGCAUGAAGGUGUUAUUAUCAGUGAGCAAAAAGACAAGGAAGCCAAAAUAUUAGCAAAGAAACCAAUUAAUAGCUCAAAAGAAAAAAUAGCCAAUAUGGAACAUGGACUCAAAACAGUGGAUAGUCCAAAUUCUCCAUCACAGCCUUCUGACAAGGAUCCUGUAGUUCCCUCUGGACCACAGAAGACGCCUACUGACCCCAAAAUGAAAGCAUUAAGUCAAAAGCAAGAAAAGAAAGCCUUUGAUAGUUCACUUGGUGAUAACAGUGAUGGAGAAGAAUCACAUGAAGAAGAGAAGGAGUAUUUUGAUGAUAGCACAGAAGAAAGGUUUUACAAACAAUCUUCCAUGUCUGAGGAUAGUGAUAGUGGAGAUGACUUCUUCAUUGGGAAAGUCAGACGGACACGAAAGAAGGAAAGUAGUUGUCCUUCAGUUUUAGAACAAAAAUCUCCCAAAAAAGUGUUCCCUGAAGAAGAUAUACUUGAAACCCGUGAGAGUAUAAGAAAUGAUAAAAACAAGCCAAGUACAGAAGCAAGGAAGUUUGAAUCAGUGUUUUUCCAUUCUUUAUCUGGAUCUAAAAGCUCUAGAAGAAAUUACAGAGAACAGGCUCCAAAAAGCAGCACCCCAGAUUUUCAGCAAGACGAUUCUCAACUCAAAAAUCAGUUUAUUAAGAAUGUACCAAGAAGACCACAAAAUACUAAACAGCAGACACAGCUGCCUCUUCAUCCUUCAUGGGAAGCAAGCAGGCGGCGAAAAGAGCAGCAAUCUAAAAUUGCUGUGUUUCAGGGGAAAAAAAUUACGUUUGAUGAUUGAUUAAUUAGUACCUCUUUUUGUGAACUUUUCCAUCUAAAAAAUUGUUUUCCUUCAUUUUGUUUUUUUUUGCCAGCUUAUUAUUUAAACUCGUAUUUGGAUAAGUUUGUUUGGAGGAGGUAUAGAAAUAAGUUUGUUGUUGUCUUUAUUUCUCUUUUUUAAGUAUGUUCAAGUUUUGUUUAUAUAAAUCUUCCACAAAUCAACUACAUAAGUUGAUUUAAAAAAUAUGAAAUAUUUUUUAUUCCCUUUAUAAAAUAAUUUUGAGAUUAUUACUCAGAUUUCCUCAUUUGUGCUUAUCAUGAAAUAUAUUUCACUGGAGUAGGUCUGUGUUUCUUUGCCUUGAGAAUAAAAGUUGAGAUAUAUUUAAAAUAAUAAUUGAAAAUUAUGAGGAAAUUGUAGCUAUUUAAAGUAGAUAACCUCUAUUAAAAGUUAUUCUUGUUAAUAAAACUAAGAUUAAGGUAGUAAUGUUUGGCCUGGAUGGGUAACUCAAUUGGUUAGAGCAUCUUUCCAGUACAACCAACGUUAUGGUUUCAGUCCCUGGUCAUAAAAUAAUCAACCAAUGAAUACAUGAAUAGAUGGAACAACAAACUGAUGUUUUUCUCUCUCUCUAAUAGCAAUAAAAAAAAGUAAUAUUUAUUUGGGGUAUAAAGGUAAUUAUACAAGAAAUAUUAAUAUUUAUUAUAGUUUUAUUUAGUAAUGAUCUUGUACUUUUUGACUGUUUUAGUUUCCCAGGACAAUUGUAGAUUUCUGAACAUUUCAAUUAUUUAGGUAACAUAUUGUUUAAAUGUAGCAACACAACCAAAAAUUACUUUUCUAUGUCACUGCAUAUAAAUCUUUCUGUUAAAUUCAAAAUGUAUGACACCUAAUUACGUGGCCAUGUGCUCUUAAGAGAAAAAUAAGAUUUUAAAAAUUCCUUCAAGCCCAACUGGCAUUGUUCAGUGGUUGAGCGUCAACCUAUGAACCAGGAGGACAUGAUUCAAUUCGUGGACAAGGCACAUCCUGUGUUUCAGUAAAAUGCAGGCACAUCCAGUAGGGGGCGUGCAGGAAGCAGCCAACCAAUGAUUCUCAUCAUUGAUGUUUCUGUCUCUCCCCUCUCCCUUCCUCUCUGAAAUCAAUAAAAAUAUAUGUGUGUGUCUGUAAUAUAUAUGUAUAAAUAUUAAAAUCUCUUCAAAAGUUAAUGGCAGGGAAAGCCUUCUGGUUAUCAGGAAUUCUCAAGCUCUGGAGAGUCAUUUCUACAUUUUCCAUGAGCUUAAAAAUUUAGAUAACUUGAGCAAUGGAAUUCAAGAUACUGUGUGGAAAGAAAAUUAUUUCAUGUUGAAUGCAAAAUUUGUUUUUUCAAAUUUUAUUUUGAUAUAAUUUUAGUUAUGUUAGAUUGAAAUUAAUUUCAAUUAUGAAAAUUUAUUACAGAAAAAAAGUGAAAGAAAAAUGUCUCUAUGCCUAUCCAGAUUUAGCCAAGCUACGAAGUUGAGAGCACUGUUUUCCAGACUGCCAAGUCUGCUUAAGACUUUACCCCAAUUGCAAGGAGUUAGGGACCAACUACAAAGUUAGAGAGAAAAGCCCACACAAGACCACUCUUAACUUCUGACACCAGUUGCAGGUUAGGAGAUGGUGUGUGGGAGGGCAAUGGGUGGAAGGUUCCCCAUACACCGAGGGUCCAUAAUUCGCUAGAAAAAUUUCCAGAGCUCACUGAAACCUAUUACAUUAACAGAGUUUAUUCAUCACAACUUAUAAACAGCCAUAGAAAGAGUUGUGUAGAGCAAUAUCUAUGAGGGUUCUAAAUGCAAAGCUUCUCUUGUCCUCCGGACAUAUCAUUCAGGCAUCAAAUGCAGAUUGCUAGUCUGAGGAGCUUUCUCAAGGUUUUGUAUCCAGAAUUUUUACUGUGCCUUCAAUAUUUAGGGAUGAUUGAUUGAUUGCCCACAUGAUUGUUCCAGAGGGACUGAUACUACAUGACCCAAGCCUCUGGUAAAUCACAUGGUUUGUCUUUUUCAGUGUAGCCAGCUUCUACCCUAAAUAAAGACAGUCCAAUCAGGUCUGGCAUGAUUGCCUUCACCUUCUUGAAUUAUUGUCUUUGGCAAGGCUGAGUUCUUUACCACACCCUGUCCUGCACCCAAAUUCCAUAAACAUUUACUGCAUUAACAUUUUACUGCAUUUUCUUUACAUGCAGCUUUCAUCUUUCUCUUUUUCCUCCUCUUCUAUUUAUCCCCCUCUCUUUCUGUUUUCCAUUCUUUCUCCCCCUCCAACUGUUUUCUUGUUCUCAUCCUUUUCUCUUGCCAUUUCAUUUUUCUUUUUUCCUUCUCUCACCUCCUCCCUUUAUAUUCUCUUUAUAAACAAGGUCAUUCUCUAUUCUCUUGUAUUACCACAAUCCAGUUACCAAAUGCUCAGAUUUUUCCAAUUGUCCCCAUGUCUUUUUACAUCUGAAAAGCCAACAUCAUACCUUACAUUCAGUUGAUAAUAGUUUCUGAGUCUAUUUUAGUAUUUUAUGACAUUGACAUUUUUUAGAAGUAUUGAGCAUUGUCCCUUUAUUUGGGUUUGUCUGAUGUCUCCAUUAUUAAAUUCAAGUUAGGCACUUUGGGCAGGAACAUCACAGGAGGGAUGUUUUAUUUAUCCCAGUGCAUAUUAAGAGGCAGGUGAUGUUGAUGUGACUAGUACUGGUGAUGUUAAUUUUCUUGUUUCAGGUAAUGUCUAUGAGAUUUCCCCACUGGAAAGUUAGUAUUUUCCACUUUGAAAUGAAUAAUUAUUUUUAGGGAGAUACUUUCAGAUUAUAGACUAUUCUAAAACUUUCACUGACUAGUUAUACCAUUCAGCCAUAAUUCUUACUGAAAUGAUUACUGCUAGAGUAAUUGUAAAUGGUAAUUUAAAAAAAAAGUUUCUUAUUUCUACAAUUACUAGCUGGUUUUUUAUAUUAAGGGAGAACUUCAGGUAUUAAAUUUAUUUCAUUGUGAUUUCAUGGAUACCUCUUUCUAUUUUUAUUGGGUAUUUUUUAAUUUGUUGUGUCUAAUAUUGGCUUAUAAGGUUUACAAUAUACAUAUUGAUCACAGUCUAACCUACAGUACACAUUUUUUAAAAUUGAUUUCAGAGAAAGAAGGGAAAGGGAGAGAGAGAAACAUAAAUGAUGAGAGAGAAUCAUUGAUUGGGGAUCAAGCCUAAAAGCCAGGCAUGUACCCUGACCAGGAAUUGAACCAUGAUUUCCUGGUUUAUAGGUUGACAUUCAACCAAUGAGCCACACUGGCAGGACAGUACAUUUUAAUUUUUUUCCUCCCAGCCUUUGUUCUGUUAUUUACAUACUACAUUUUGCUUCUAUGUUUAACCCUAUAAUUGUUAUUGUUUUUGCUGAUAAUAGGCCAGGAAUGCUGCUAAACAUUCUAUAGUAUAUACAACAAAGAAUUAUCCAGGUCAAAAUGUCAACAAUGCUAAGGUUGGGAAACCUUAGUGUAGGGCUCAUUUGGCCCCAAUACUGAAUCACUAUCUUAUGCUUUGUAAGGAAAUCUUUCUGUUGUGUCUGGUGAAAACACAAACUAUUCCUGAGACUAUAAGUUAUUGGUAUUGUUCCACUACUUUCUAGAGAUUUUCCCCUCUCGCCUUGGUAGAUUCUUUAUACGCAUUGCACAGAUCAGUCUUAUAUGAUCGACUUAAAGGAACCCUUCCUUUUGUACAUCUAGGAACCUUUCUGUGCGUCUUCCUCUUCUGUAUUUUUUCUCCCACAAUCUAGUCACAUUAGCUUAUCUAAACUCUGAACUAGCAGGUAGUGAGCUGAAGCACUCAACUCAUUUGGUUUUUUCCUUUAGGGUGUUAAUAUUCUGUACAGCUUUUUAUCCAUUAUCCCAAAACUUUUGUUUUAUAAAUUUCAUUAAGUUUUCUAGUUGCUUAAUGUAGAAGGGCAAAUCUGGUUUCAGUUAUGUAAUGGUCAGAAAUAGAAGUCCCUUAUUUAUUUUGAUACUCAAAUUGUCCUUAAUUUGACCACUGGGAGUCUUUCACAAUAUAUUUACUUGUUUUCUCAACUCGAAAAUACACAGAAAUUAGUUUCAGAAUUGCUAAUGAUGUGAUGCCUCUGUAAAAGUAGUCCAUUAACCAAAGUUCAGUAUAUGUUUAGAAUGCUUUUUUCUUUUGCCCGAGGGCAUAUGGUCCCAAAACUAUGUUUGAAAGUUAUCUGGGAUGAUGUCAGCAAAAAUGGUGGAAUAAGGGCAUCCAGAAGUUUUUCUCGAUGUCAAAAGCAAUGAGAAAACUGUCCUUAUUGUCAGAAGCAACUUUUUAGAGCUAUGGAAUUAACCAAAGGCUUACAGCAAUCCAGGGAAUAUUUUUCAGGAAAAACAGCUGAAUGUUCAUAAGAACAGUGAUCUUUGUGCCAUUUUAACUUACUCUAUUCUUGUCCCCACUUCUCAUAUGCCUGGUAAUCUUGCAAACCAGCAGCUGACAGCCACUGGGGGUCAGCUUCAUAGAUAGGUUAUCAGAAUUAUUAUUUGACUACUUUGGUAGUUCACUGGAAGGCCCCUCUUGCAAAUCUGUCUGUGUCAAAGAGCUUGCCCAGUGCAUAAAGCCAUUUCCUGAGAUAACUUAGAAAACAAAGAGAGGCAGUUGUUCAACAUAGCUGCUUGAGGCGGUGAAUAACUUGGGGCAAACAAAAAUUUCAUCAAAAAGCUUAAAAAGAAAAAAAAAUUUAUCAAAAAGCUUAAAAAGAAAUAUGAAGAAUUGAAUAUCCUUGGGAAAUCAAAUUUCUUAGAAUUAAGGAAGUCGCAGGUGUAACUGCAUGUUCAGGAAGAAGCUGAAGAUUCCCUAAACUCGAUCUCUGGCUGGCUACACAAUAUACAUUUUUCACUGCUAGAGAAAGGACUUACAUGUCACAAGGACACAGGAGAUAGCUUGCACAAACAAGAAAUGAAGGCUAAGGUGGAAUUGUCAACUUUCUGACUAAGUGUUGAAGGUGUGUCCCAGCACACAGAGCCCGGUCAACAAAAUCAGGAAAGUAUUGAUUUCAAGAAUGUGGAAAUUUCUGUCCAGUUAUACUACUAAGCUAAUGAAGUAGAGGAGUCAGUGGCAUACAUAACAAAGAAUACAGACUUCACAAAAAUAGUUUUAAAGUCACUAAACAACAAAAACCAGUAACAAAAUAUGGGGAAAGGACUAAUUUCUGGAGUUGCAAUAUUGUAUUUAAAUGUUCAGUUUCCAAGAAAACAUAGGAUAUGCAGAAGCAAAGUCUGGCUCAUAUACAGAGGGAAAAAAGCAAUCAAUAGAAACUGUUCUUGAGGAGACCCAGACUUUAUAUUUAUUCAACAAUAACAUUAAAUAAGCUACUUUAUGUCUGUGAACCAAAGGAAACCAUGUCUAAAGAGCUGAAAAAGUCUGAGAACAAUAUCUCACCAAAUAAUAGAAAUGAUAAUGAAGAGACAAAAAGAAACAGCAGCUGAAAAAUACAGUAAGUGAAACAAAAAAAAAAUUAACAGAAGGGCUCAACAGAAGAUUUGUGCAGGCAAAAGAAUGAUAAGGUGAACCUACAUAUAGGUCUAUUAAGAUGAUCCAGUCUGAGGAAAAAAACAAAACAACUAAAAUGAACAGGUUCACAAAAACUUGUGGAAUAUCAUCAAGUGUGCCAACAUAGGCAUAAUGAGAGUCAUAUGAUGCCACAUUUCCACUCAGCUGUAUAUCUUAAGAGAAUUGUUCAAGGAUCAACUGUACAUAAAUGGGGUUAUUCAGCCAUAAAAAGGAUAGAAGUAUUGAUACAUAUAAUGGCAAUGGAUGAACUUUGAAAACAUGUUCAAACAAAAACUUAAACAUGAAUAUUCAUGGUAACACUAUUAAUAAUAGCUAAAAGGAAACAAUUCAAAUGUCCAACAUAUGAUUGAAUAAACAAAAGUCAAUAUAGUUGCUUCUUGCACAGCAUGGGUUCAAAUUGCAUGGAUCCGCUUAUAUGCAGAUCUUUUUAAUGAAUACCUGCAUUUUUUCAUUUGUAGUUGGAAGUCUGGAUGUGGAGAGCCGACUGCAUUGAUCUAUGUAUGCCAUUUUAUAUAGGGGACCUGUGAAUUUUGGUAUCCAUGGAGAAGCAGGGGUUCUGAAACUAAUCUGUGGAUACUGAGAAACAACCAAGUUUUUGGGGAGUCAAAACCUAUUCACAAAAAAUUGUGCGGGCUGGGUGAUGGAGGCCUUGUGAGUGACUGCUAAUGGGUAUGGCAGUUUUUUGGGGGGUUUUUUGGAUUGAUGAACAUGUGCUGGAUUUGGAUGGUGAUGUUGGCUCAGUUUUCUCAGUAAACAAAACCCCACUGAAUUGUGCACUUUAAAAUGUGAAUAUUAUGGUAUGUGAAUUGUAUCUCAAUUUAAAAAAUAAUAAAGUUAUCUGGGUCUGUGCUUUC